AUGGGGCAGUUUAGACCAAAGGAAUUCUUUUACAGAGGGCACCACUACUUCUACAGUGGGCAUGUUCCGGCGCUUGCCAACAAGAAGGUAGACUGGUUGGAAGGUCGUAACAUCUGCCGCGAGUAUUGUAUGGACCUCGUUUCCAUGGAGACCCAGGAAGAAAACAAUCUCAUCUUCAAGCUCAUCCAGCAAAAUGACGUGCCAUACAUCUGGACGUCGGGUCGCCUUUGUGACUUUAAGGGCUGCGAGUCGCGAAAAGACCUGGAACCCAAGAACAUCUUGGGAUGGUUCUGGUCCGCCAACCGCGAAAAAAUCCAGGCCACCAACCAGAUCCCGAACGGCUGGGGCUACAACCCGUGGUCGCAGACUGGGCAUAAGAAGCAGCGUCAACCCGAUAACGCCGAGUUCGACAUCAAUGGUACCACCGAGUCAUGCCUGAGUGUGCUGAACAACGUGUAUAACGACGGCAUUGCGUGGCACGACGUCGCCUGCUACCACGAAAAACCUAUCGUAUGCGAGGAUUCAGAGGAGCUCCUUAAUUACGUUGCCAGCACAAACCCUGGCCUCCGUCUGUGAUUUCCUCCAAAGUAGUUGGAUACUAAUUUAACGAAAUUCGUUGUCAGCUAAUUACCAUUACUCAAUUAAUUUCAUCACUAGAUACUUACGCCACUUUCUUAGACGAAUUUAAAAGUAUCUGUGCAUUGGUGUUUGGAAACUCAUGAAUAUUCAUGUCCCAUCAAAUAUUUAUACAUGGUACC